CGUGCUUGCGGUGAAAAGACCCAUCUUCACACACGAUCCUCCUCAGUCACUCUCCGCCUGAUCAGUUAAUCCUCUUACACUAAUGCAGUCGUUGCUGAGCGAGCACAGGAUGGCGACCUCCUCCAGAAUAUACAGAGAUUUGAUCAGCAAUUACACACGAUGACGAUUGCUAUUAUGACCAGGCUCAGGCUGAAACAAUACAUAGAAAUAAAAAUAGUAUAAAGUGGCUGGGUUGAGUGGAUCUUAACGGGCCUACAGUAUGUCCGGAGACAUUGUGGGAGUGUGGGACGUGUCGCUGAGUGAUGGAGUUUACCGAAUUGAGUUUGAACACGGAACAACAACAGGAAAACGAGUCAUUUACAUAAAUGGGAAGGAGGUGUUGAGGAGGGAUUGGAUGUUCAAACUGGUGGGCAAAGAAACAUUCUCUGUUGGGAGUACAGAUACAAAAGCAACCAUAAAUAUUGAGGCAAUCACUGGGUUUUCCUACGAGUACACACUGGAAAUCAACGGAAAAAGUCUCCAGACAUUCUUGGACAACAGAUCAAAAAUUUCCAAAACAUGGAUACUGAAACUGGAUGGUGCUGAUUACAGGAUAGUUCUAGAGAAAGACACUAUGGACGUAUGGUGCAAUGGACAGAAAAUGGAGACCAUGGGGGAGUUUACCGAGAAUGGAAGCGAGACACACUUCGCGGUGGGGAACCGUGAAUGCUGCAUAAAAGCAACAACUAGUGGAAGGAAACGGAAUGGAAUAGUUCAUUCCCUACUGGUGGAUGGAAUUGGGAUAGAAGAGGCCAUUGAGUAAAAUGGAGGCUAAUAGAAUUCAGAUGUGCAAGACAUGUAGCAACAGUGCACUUUAUCAGAAUUAGACACAGAUGGCACUGAAGUGUUUUAUGAAUCCAGUACAUUGGCAUUUGUUCAGAGUAUGGACAAGAACAUUUAAAGGGAUAGUUUUGAAGUCUCGCCCCCCAUUCACUACCAUUAUAAAGCUUGGAAGAGCCAGGAUAUUUUAUAAUAUAACUCUGAUUGUGUUCGUCUGAAAGAAGAUAGUCAUAUACACCUUGAGGGUGAGUAAAUCAUGGGAUAAUUUUCAUUUUUGGGUGAACUAUCCCUUUAAAGUUGUUAAAGGUUUUAAAGUGUCUUUAGAAUCCCAUCAUUGUAAUAAAUUAUAUAUUUUGUGAAAAUGAGAAAAAACUGUUUUCUGUUAUCAAGCCCAGGGUAAGAUGACCUCGAGGCAAGAUGAGCCCCACUUUAAUUUUUUCUCUUCACCAUAGAUGGCACAAAAUGUCAUCUCAACAUGAGGUUGUAAUGAACGGCUGUGCUCUGUGUAAUUUUGUUAUUUCAUCUGAAUAUCAAAGUUUGUAAGAUUUAGUGAGGUUUAACUUUUAACUGAUCGAAUUUCAUGUUUCUGAUAAUGAUCUAUGACAUGAUGUUGACAGAACAAAAAGCAUGUUGUUAAGUGUUACUAUUUUAAGUUUAACUCUUCUGAUUGUAUUAAUGCUUUUUAGCAAGAGAGAAGAUUAUAAGGAAAAAAUCAGACAACAAUAUUUCUUACUCUCUGAUUCAGUCACAACCAACUGAACCAAAAAAAAUUACAUCCAAAGGAAAUCAGGAUAAAUCAGGAGGACAUUCAUUGCUUUUAUUUUUAAAUAAUUUUGUUAGUAUUAUUUUAAAUUCAUGCUCUAUACUUGAAAAAACAUGUAAUUUAUCCUGUCCUCAGCAUGAAGUCACACUGUAAAAUUGCCAAACAAAGUGUUUAAAAAUGCAACAAAUUCAAAAAUAUACACUUAAAUUAAAAGGCAGAGAUCUGUAAUAAAUCAAACAAUACAAAAUGUAAGUCUUGAAUUAUAUUUUUCAUUAAAAAAUACCUAGUC